AAAGAAAAAAAACAUACGUAAAAAAUUCAAAAAUAUUUAAAAAAAACUAGUGUAAUCAGUAAUCAUUGAUGCUUGAACAGGUGGUCCUACGUAACAAAAGUACGUCAAGUAAAGUAGUAUGUGGCCUGUAGACUGUAGUGUGUAACCAUCAACAGACUUUAGUACACAAUUGCGAUUGCAUUUUAUUUAACGUUCAGGAUUGUUAAGUACACAGACACUCGUCAACAAUCCACUCGCAGUGUCACAUCACUUUUCAUUUAUAUUUUUUUUAUUCAAUUGAAUUCCCAACAAGUGUACAAGUAUCCCAUGUUCAUAUAAUAUAACAAUAUACACCUAUUUACUCUUCUUUUCACUGCAUUGUCAUGCUAAAUAGUGAUAAAUAUAUUUGAUGAAAGUUGCAAAACACAGUGACAGUGUUUAGUGUCAUUGAUAUUAGUUUUUUUUUCUAGGACACUGAUAACAUUUAAUAUUAUUUUUAUCUAUAAUUAUUUAUUAUUUAUUCUUUAAGAAUCGAUACUAAAAAUAAUAAUGUGUAUUAACAUUACCAUUACCAUGUGUAGAAAUAUAAUAAAACGAGUGACCCAAUUGUGUUCAUCAGACAAACAAAGCUGUUUUACGUAAACGUUUUUUAGUUUACUUAUUUAGGUUUUUUUUUUGUGUGUACUUGGGUGGGUAAUGAUGUAGAGGUGGAACUUUUGAGAUUUUCCAGUUGACUUUAUAUUUUUUUUUUAGUUUGUUAGCUCACUUUAUGACUUACGGUUGAAAGACUGGUUCGAAAUUUUUUUUAAAAAUAAUAAAUAUAAAUUUUUUAGUUUAAUAAUAGUGAGGAUACACGUGUAAUGAGUUAUGUAAUGAGAAAUAGAGUUUAGUUGGAUAUGAAGACGAGACAACAUGGAAUAUAAGCUAAUAAGUUAUUGUGAUUGUUAAAGUUUGCUAAUUUUUAUAUAUUUAUUGAAUAGACUUGAGGUAAUGAUGCGAAGGACACGGAUACAGGUAGUUGUUAUCAUUCACUUGGUCAUCGGUAGUAUUACGGUUGGAGAAAAAUGUGAAAAUUUAAGUUGGGAAAAAGUCGAUGGUAUGAUGCCGGAAAAUUAUGUUGCUGGUGAUGUACUUUAUAGUGCUGCAGAUAAUGAUGGAAUUGUAACUGCAUGUUUUGACAGGUGUUUGAAUGUCAAUUGCACGUCAUUUUAUAUUGAUAUUAAUCAAAGCACAUGUUUAAAAAUAACAACAAAUAGUGAUAAAUUUGAACCAGCGCCUACUUAUACUUUUUAUCAUAAAAUAUGUCUAACAGUGCCAGCAGAAUGUACUAAAGAUAGAAUAUGGCAAGUCCAGAGGACCUUGGGAGAAAUCCUAAUUGAUACAACGGUUAAUUGGCUACCUGAAGUUAUGACGAGAAGUAAAUGUUAUCAGAAAUGCAUUGCAGCAGGCUCGAGAUGUAAGUCUGCGCAAUUUCGUGCGAGUGUUGAUCUUGCAAUUGGUGAUGUACAAGGUAUUUGUGCUCUUUUGACUAUCGAAAGAGGUAUCAGACCUCAAUCAUACCGCGCAUCACCGUAUCGUGAUGAGUAUUUGGAAAUACAGUGCCAUAAAUUAUCAAAUACUGAUUAUUGUUCAUACGCUGAUUUCAAUAAUGAAACAUUGCCAUACUCAGAUUUAAAAUUAAUAAAUUAUGAUGCUAAAUUGUGUGAAGAAAGAUGCAAUGAAUCAAAUGAUGGAUUUAUUUGUCGUGGGUACACAGUUGAUUACGCAUCACAAUAUUCACCAGUUUGUCUACUACAUUCAUAUGACACAAUAACUGCUGGUGUUAGUUCACUAGUAAAAACUAAGAAUGCAACUUACAGAGAACGUGAACCCUGUUUGAAUCUCAAAGUGUCCUGUGGUAAUACUAGUAUAAUAAUUGAACUAGAUACUCCAGAACCGUUUAACGGUAGAUUAUAUGCCAGUGGUUACAGUGAGACUUGUAAUGUACAAGGUACUGGUUCAAAUAAAACGAUACUUGAAUUACGGAUUCCUGAUAAAAAAGAAAUGGGAAACGGUAAUAUUGACUGUGGUAUUUUACCAGCGUAUGCUGUAGAAGACAACAAUCAAACGCGAGUCGCAGUUUGGGUGACGGUCGUCGUACAAUUUAACGCAAUUAUCCAACGACUAGGAGAUCAAUCGGUGCGCGUUGGUUGUACUCUAGAUGACGAAGUACCGGGACCCAAAAAUAUAACGAUUGGAUCAGGAUUUGAUUUUUUGAAUCCGAACGCGGGAUUGCCGCCAGUUGUGGGCACGAUUUUUAAUACGACGGUAUCACCGAUGGUGUCGAUGAGAAUUUUGGAUGAAAAUAUGCAGGAAAUUGUUUCUGCGGAAUUGGGACAGAGACUUGUGCUGAAAAUUGAAAUGAAUCCAGCUGAUGGACCUUAUGAUAUGGCAGCAGGACACUUGGUAGCAAGCAGUACAUCAGGUGAUGCAUCAAUACUCCUACUCGAUGAAAUGGGGUGUCCAACAGACGCUAAAAUAUUUCCUGGCAUGUUCAAAGAUCCAGCGAAUAAUAAAUCGUUGAUUUCAACUUUCACAGCGUUCAAAUUUCCCGACAGCUAUCGCGUUAGAUUUAACGUAAUAGUGCGUUUUUGUUUAACCGAAUGCACCCCUACGAAGUGUAGUGGUGAUAUUGUGUCUUACGGACGACGUAAAAGAUCAUCAGCGACAACAGCCGAAAUAAAUGAAAUUAAUUCCACAACAGAUAAUGCUCUAGAUGAAUUACCGCUGGAGUCAUCAAUUAUUGUACGCGAUGCUGUCAUUGCUGCCGACCCACUGCGUUCUGGGAAAAGCGAUACUAUUUUCUUCGCCGGCGAGCAACCGAUGGAUGGAUUACUGUGUGUCGAUGCAGCUUUGGCUUUGGGUUUACUCAUAUUUUGGCUAAUUAUACAAAUAAUUCUAACGAUAACUUGUAUUUACGUGCUGAGAAAGUAUCGGAGAGUCGCUCGAAAAGCUGAAGAAGAUCGCGCAGAUAUUUUGACGAGACAUAUGUACGGCAUACAUGGCGGUAAUUUUGAAAUUUCGCGGAGAGUACGUUGGGCCGACCAUAAUGGCUCUACGAUCAGUUAAUAUUUAUUUCUCUUUAAUUGAUAAUUAAUAAUUACUAAUUAGUGAAAUUAAUUUAUAACGCCAAAUUGAUUAAUGAUAAAUUUAUGUUUGAAAUUUAAUUAGUUAUAAUUUAAAGUUAAAAACAGAUAAUGAUUCUUUUAGUUAUGUUUUUGUAGGAAUUUAAAAAAAAAAUAAAAUGUAUGUUAUUGUUAUUAAUUAUGUUGCAUCCAAAGAU